CGGGGCGGCGGCGGCGGGAGGGUGAGUGUGGAACGGCGUGAAACGGUGUGAAACGGGCCCGGAACGGUGUGAAACGGGUCUGAAACGGUGUGAAACGGUGUGAAACGGGUCCGGAACGGUGUGAAACGGGUCUGAAACGGUGUGAAACGGGUCCGGAACGGUGUGAAACGGGUCUGAAACUGCGUGAAACGGGCGUGAAACGGGUCUGAAACGGUGUGGAACGGGUCUGAAACGGCGUGAAACGGGCGUGAAACGGGGCGAAACGGCGUGAAACGGUGAGUGUGGAGCGGUGUGAAACGGGCGUGGAACGGUGGGUGUGCAAGGGAGGGGUGAGUGUGCAAGGGUUUGGGGUGACAUUGAACGUGCACGGCUGGUGGCGAGUGUGCAAGGGCUCGGGGGUGACAGCGGGUGUGCAAGGCCGGGGGGUGGGUGCACAAGCGUUUGGGGGUGCAGGUGAGUGUGCAAGGCUUGCAGUGAGUGUGCAAGGGUUCGGGGUGAGGGGGGACGUGCGAGGCUCGGGGAUGAGUGUGCAAGGCUGGUGGUGAGCGUGCGAGGCUUUGGGGGUGACAACGGGUGUGCAAGGCUCAGGCUGAGCGUGCAAGGGACGCUGAACGUGCACGGCUCAGGGGGUGAGUGCACAAGGGUUUGGGGGGGAUGGUGAGUGUGCAAGGCUGGCGGUGAGCGUGCAAGGCUCCGGGGCUGACAGGGAGCGUGCACAGCUCGGGGGUGAGUGUGCACGGCUGGGGGGUGUGUGUGCAAGGCUCCGGGGGUGAUGGCGAGCGUGUAAGGCUCGGGGUGAGCGUGAGUGCACGAGGCUCUGGGGUGAGUGUGCGUGGCCGUGGGGUGAGUGUGAGCAUGCAGAGCCCAUAGUGAGCGUGUGAGGCCCGUCAUGAGUGUGCAAAGCCUGUUGUGAGCGCGCAGAGCCCACGGCGAGCGUGUAAGGCCCGUGGUGAGCGUGCACAGCCUGGCGUGAGUGUGCAAGGCCCAUAGCGACCAUGCACAGCCCGUUGUGAGCGUGCACAAUGCGUGGUGAGCAUGCAAGGCCCGUAGUGAGUGUGCAAAGCCUCUUGUGAGCCUGCACAGCCCAUAGUGAGCGUGCACAGCCCGUAGCGAGCGUGCACGGCCCGUAGUGACCAUGCACAACCAAGGGUGAGCGUGCAAACCCCAUGGUGAGCAUGUGGUGCCCGUGGUGAGCGUGCAAGGCCCGUAGUGAGCGUGCACAGCCCGUGGUGAGCGUGCAAGCCCCGUAGUGAGCAUGCACAGCCCGCGGUGAGCGUGUAAGACCCGUCGUGACCGCGCACAACCCGUCGUGAGCGUGCAAAGCCCGUAGUGACCAUGCAAGGCCCGUAACGACCGUGCACGGCCCGUGGUGAGCGUGCAAGGCCCGUAGUGAGCGUGCAAGGCCCGUGGUGAGCGUGUGCGUGAGCCGCCGCCGCCCGUCGCACGUGGCACACGCGUGUGCGAGGCGCGCGGGGAUGCGGCCGGGCGCCGGGUCCCCCCCGGGUGCCCCCGGGCCUCGUGGGGGGGCCCCGGGGUGGCUGUAGCGGGGGGGGGGCGGAGCCAUGUGGGGCCCCCCCCAGCCCGGCCCCCCCUGGGCCCUUCGGGGCACCCUGGGGCCCCCCCCCGGGCCCCGUCUCAGCCUGGAGGGCGGCAGCAGGACCGUGGCCGAUUACCACGGUGGCCGCUCCCGUAGGAAGAGUGUUCCGGGCGGGAAGCAGUACAGCAUCAACAUGGACGCGCCCCCCGCCCCCCCUUUCCGGCCCUCGCCGCCUGUACCCCAGCAAGGCUUCCUGAGCCGCCGCCUGAAGAGCUCCAUCAAGCGCACCAAGAGCCAGCCCAAGCUCGACCGCACCAGCAGCUUCCGUCAGAUCCUGCCCCGCUUCCGCAGCGCCGACCAUGACAGGGCCCGGCUGAUGCAGAGCUUCAAGGAGUCCCAUUCCCACGAGUCCCUGCUGAGCCCCAGCAGCGCGGCCGAAGCUCUGGAGCUGAACCUGGAUGAAGACUCCAUCAUCAAGGCUGUGCACAGCAGCAUCCUGGGGCAGGAGUUCUGCUUCGAGGUGACCACGGCUUCUGGGACCAAGUGCUUUGCCUGCCGCUCAGCCGCUGAGAGGGACAAAUGGAUCGAGAACCUGCAGAGGGCUGUGAAGCCCAACAAGGACAACAGCCGCCGGGUGGACAACGUCCUGAAGCUGUGGGUGAUCGAGGCGCGGGAUCUCCCUCCCAAGAAGCGCUACUACUGCGAGCUGUGCCUGGACGACAUGCUCUACGCCCGCACCACCAGCAAGGCCCGCACCGACAACGUCUUCUGGGGCGAGCACUUUGAGUUCAACAACCUCCCGGCCGUCCGCACCAUCCGGCUCCACCUCUACAAGGACACGGACAAGAAGCGCAAGAAGGACAAGAGCAACUACGUGGGGAUGGUGAGCAUCCCCAUCGCCAGCGUCACCGGCAGGCACUUCGCCGAGCAGUGGUACCCCCUCAGCCAGCCCAGCGGGAGCAAGAGCAAGGCGGGGUGUCCAGCGCUGAGGGUGAAGAGCAGGUUCCAGACCAUGAGCAUCCUCCCCAUGGAGCUCUACAAGGAGUUUGCUGAGUACGUGACCAAUAACUACCGGAUGCUGUGCGCCGUCUUGGAGCCCGUGUUGAGCGUGAAGAGCAAGGAGGAGGUGGCCUGCGCGCUGGUGCACAUCCUGCAGAGCACCGGCAAGGCGAAGGACUUCCUGUCGGACAUGGCCAUGACGGAGGUGGAUCGCUUCAUGGACCGGGAGCACCUCAUCUUCCGGGAGAACACCCUCGCCACGAAAGCCAUCGAGGAGUAUCUGAAACUCAUCGGCCAGAAAUACCUCAAGGAUGCCAUCGGUGAGUUCAUCCGAGCACUGUACGAGUCAGAGGAGAACUGCGAGGUGGACCCCAUGAAAUGCUCAGCCUCCACCUUGGCCGACCACCAGGCCAACCUCCGCAUGUGCUGCGAGCUGGCCCUCUGCAAGGUGGUCAACUCCCAUUGCGUGUUCCCGCGGGAGCUGAAGGAGGUCUUCGCCUCGUGGCGGCUGCGCUGCGCCGAGCGGGGCCGUGAGGACAUCGCUGACCGCUUGAUCAGCGCCUCGCUCUUCUUGAGGUUCCUCUGCCCCGCCGUGAUGUCCCCCAGCCUCUUCGGCCUCAUGCAGGAGUACCCCGAUGAGCAGACCGCCCGCACCCUCACCCUCAUCGCCAAGGUCAUCCAGAACCUGGCCAACUUCACCAAGUUUGGCAGCAAGGAGGAGUACAUGGCCUUCAUGAAUGAGUUCCUGGAGCUGGAGUGGACCAGCAUGCAGCAGUUCCUCUAUGAGAUCUCCAACCUGGACACCCUCACCAACAGCACCAGCUUCGAGGGCUACAUCGACCUGGGCCGCGAGUUGUCCACCCUUCAUGCCCUCCUCUGGGAGGUCAUGUCCCAGCUCAGCAAGGAGGCGCUGCUGAAGCUGGGCCCGCUGCCGCGGCUGCUGACGGACAUCAGCGUGGCCCUGCGCAACCCCCACCUGCAGCGGCAGCCCAGCCAGGGCGAGCGGCUGCCCCCCAAGGGGCUGGUGCUGCGGGGCCCCUCGGCCGACCUCCAGCCCUACCUCGUGCGUGACCUCAACAGCUCUGUUGACCUCCAGUCCUACAUGGUGCGGGGCCUCAACAGCUCCAUGGAGGUGCCCCGCCUGCCCUCCCCGCCACAGGAGAAGGGCCCGCAGGAGGUGCUGGUCCUGAGCCGUCCCCCCCUGGCCCGUUCUUCACCCGCCUAUUGCACCAGCAGCUCCGACCUGACGGAGCCCGAGGGCGGGCGGGGGGCUCUGGGCGUGGGCAAGAGCGUCUCCAUGCUGGACCUCCAGGACGGGCGCGUUGACAGUGUCCCCAGCCUGCCGGCAGAGCUGCUGGCCGCCGGUGGCCCGGCCCCAGGAGGAGCCGGGGGGGGGCUUCGUCCUGGUCGCCUCUCACAGGGCAGCGCCUCCAGCCUGGCCCCACCUCGCUUGGGGGUCCCGGAACCUGGUGGCCCCCAAUUGCGAGUCCCCCUUUCGUUCCAAAACCCUCUGUUCCAUUUGGCUGCCGAUGGACCUUUGAGAGGUCCGGAGCCGGGGGGUGAAGGACCUUUCGCCCCACCUUUGCAUGGGUACAGCAAGAGCGAGGAGCUGGUGGCUCCUCCCUCCAAGCACAUCACCCACAGCCACAGCUACAGCGACGAGUUCGCCCGCCCCGGGGGGGACUUUGGCCGGAGACAACUGUCCCUGCAGGACAGCCUGGCCCCCCCCCAGAUCACCAUCGGGGCCCCACCACCUCCCACCCCGCGGGGGGCGCGGGCAGGGAAAGGGGGUGGCGCGGGGCCGGCGGCUCUCGGGGUGCCCUCCAAACCCCGGCCGGCCAGUGGGAACCUGUUGGCAUCACCGGAGCCGGCCUAUGGACCCCCCCGGUCCCGGCAACCCUCCCUGGCCAAGGAGGCGUCGGUGGCCGGGAUGAAGGCACCGGUCACCAAGCAGGCCUCCCAGACGCCGUCGACGCUGAACCCGGUGAUGCCGGCGGCGGAGCGCACGGUGGCCUGGGUGUCCAACAUGCCGCACCUCUCGGCCGACAUCGAGAGCUCCCACAUCGAGCGCGAGGAGUACAAGCUCAAGGAGUACUCCAAGUCCAUGGACGAGAGCCGGCUGGACCGGGUGAAGGAGUACGAGGAGGAGAUCCACUCGCUGAAGGAACGGCUGCACAUGUCCAACCGGAAGCUGGAGGAGUACGAGCGGCGCCUGGUGUCGCAGGAGGAGCAGACGAGCCGCAUCCUGCUGCAGUACCAGCACCGCCUGGAGCAGAGCGAGAAGCGCCUGCGCCAGCAGCAGGCCGAGAAGGACUCGCAGAUCAAGAGCAUCAUCGGCAGCCUGGCCCCGCAGGCUGAUGCUGGUGGAGCAGGAGCUGCGCAGGGAUCACUUGGGCGCCCACGACCCAGCCGAGGGCCGGCGGCGGCUGCUCGACGCUCAGCUGUCCGUCAGGUAGCGCGGGCCAGCCCUGCCAUUGUCACGGGACCCUCGGCCUCCGGUGACACGCCAGGAGAGGCAGCUUUCCGCCGUGGGUGCAGCAGACCCGGGUGUGAGCUGGGCCGGGGAUGGGGGGGGGUUGCUUGGGGGGGGGGGGAUGUAUGGGGGGGGGUCCCCCCCCAGGGCGACCCCCGCUUCUGCCCCCGCCACCCCCGAUCACGGCCAACGGCGAUCUGCGCGGCCCCGCUGCUGAACACUAGCGCCCGCCCCCCGGGGGCGCGCCGGGACCACCCCCCCCCCCCCGCGACACCCCCCCCCCCAGCGGAGCGAACCAACAGGAGGGAAACAUGGGGGGGGAGGUGGGGGGGGGCUGGAGGCGGCUCCCGGAGACCCCCGGGGAGGAGGAAGGGGGGGGGGGGUGGGAGGGAAGGGGAGGGAGGGGGGGGGAUGGAAAGGGGAAGGGGGGGGGAUGGACACCCCCCUUUCUGCCGCCCCCCCCCCAAUAACCCCCCCUUUGGCGCAUGAGGAGAGGGGAGGCCUCGUGCAAAGGGCUCCUGGUGCGACGGCUCCUCGUGCAAAGGAGGAAGCGGGGGGAGCGGGGGGGGAGGCCUCGUGCAAAGGCUCCUGGUGCGGCGGCUCCUCCUCGUGCAAAGGGCUCCCGGUGCAACGGGAGCGGGGGAUGGACUCGUGCAAAAGGGCUCCUCGUGCGACGGCGCCUCGUGCACCAGGAGCGGGGCGUGUUGGGGGGGGGGAGGCCUCGUGCAAAGGGCUCCUCGUGCACCAGGAGGAGGGAGGAUCCGUGCAAGGGCUGCUCGUGCCCCGUCUCCUCACGCAAAGGGCUCCUCGUGCAAAGGGCUCCUCGUGCGAACGGGAGCCGGGAGGCCUCGUGCGACGGCUCCUUCGUGCACCAGCACCUCGUGCACCAGGAGCCGGGGGCAGCCUCGUGCAAGGGCUCCUCGUGCGAUGGGAACAAAGCAGGCGGCCUCGUGUGCGACGGCUCCUCGUGCAUCGGGUUCCUUGUGCAAUGGGGGGCGGGGAGGCCUCGUGCAUCGGCUCCUCGUGCAACGGCUCCUCGUGCAACGGCUCCUCGUGCACCGGGACUGGGGGCGACCUCGUGCACCGGGACUGGGCUGGCCUCGUGCGUUGGCUCCUCGUGCACCGGGAUCAGGCCAGCCCUCGUGCACCGGCUCCUCGUGCAGCGACACCCCAGGGGAGGGGGACACACACACCCGCGGACACCCUCGUGCAUCAGGAUCACGGUGGCCUCGUGCAACGGGAUGGGGGGGGCCCUCGUGCAACGGCUUCUUGUGCACCAGGACCGGAGCUUCCCCCCCCCGUGCAUCACCUCCCCGUGCACCAGGACCAGGCCCUCCCUACACACCCCCCCCUCCCCAUCCUCCUUGUGCAUCCCCCCCUCCUUGCACCAGGACUGGACCCUUCCCCUCGUGCAUCAGCUCCUCGUGCAUCACUGCCCCUCGUGCACCAGGCCCGGACCUUCCCCUCGUGCAUCACUUUCCCCUCGUGCAACGGGACCGGACAUUCCUCGUGCAUCAACCUCCCCUCGUGCACCGGCUUCUCUCGUGCACCAGGACCCGUGCGACAGCACCACCCCCCCUUCGUGCACCACGAUGGGGUCCCCCCCUUCUUCCUCGUGCAUCGUCUCUCGUGCAUUGCACCCCCAAACACCCCCCCCCAUCUUGUGCACCAGGAGCCACAGGACACCCUCCCCCCCACCUUGCACGUCCAGCUCCUUCGUGCAACAGCCUCAUCGUGCACCAGGACUGGGGGGGGGGGAGCGUCACCGUGCACCA